GUAGACUAGACUAUGGUGUGGCUGUGGCUGUGGCGUGAGGGAGUACUGGGAGUGAUGAUAUUGAUAGUGCAACGUGAAUUAGUAAUUUAAGUUAUACUGUAAUAUUACCUAAUAUCUCAAUUAUUUCAAAAGGAAUAAAUCAAAAUGGGUAUAUUAGAAAAAAUUUCUGAAAUUGAAAAAGAAAUCGCUAGAACUCAAAAAAAUAAAGCCACUGAAUACCAUCUGGGGGUUCUGAAAGCAAAACUAGCAAAGUACCGAGCUCAGCUAUUGGAACCCUCGAAGAAAUCAGAGAAAGGUGAAGGUUUUGAUGUCUUGAAGUCUGGAGAUGCAAGGGUUGCCCUCAUCGGGUUCCCUUCUGUUGGAAAGUCAACUUUAUUGAGUACGCUAACGCACACAGAGUCAGAAGCUGCUAGCUAUGAGUUCACAACUCUAACGUGCAUUCCCGGAGUAAUUGAGUACAAGGGAGCAAACAUUCAGCUCUUAGAUCUUCCAGGGAUCAUAGAAGGUGCUUCCCAGGGCAAGGGCAGAGGUCGCCAGGUAAUUGCUGUGGCACGGACGGCAGAUCUGGUCCUGAUGAUGCUGGAUGCUACCAAGCAGGAUGUGCAAAGAUCUCUGUUGGAGAAGGAACUGGAGAGUGUCGGUAUCAGACUGAACAAAUCCAAGCCUAACAUCUAUUUCAAGGUAAAGAAAGGUGGAGGUAUCGCAUUUAACUCCACAUGUCCACUGACCAAGAUAGAUGAGAAGCUAGUGCAGAUGAUCCUCCACGAAUACAAGAUCUUCAACGCAGAGGUGCUGUUCCGAGAAGAUGUAGCUGCUGAUGAGCUAAUAGACGUGAUAUCUGCCAACCGUGUCUACCUGCCUUGCCUUUAUGUGUAUAACAAGAUAGAUCAGAUAUCAAUGGAGGAGGUCGACAGAAUUGCAAGGCAGCCUCACAGUGUUGUUGUUAGCUGUAACAUGAAGCUCAACCUGGACUACUUGUUAGAGAGUUUGUGGGAGGAUCUUGCCCUGAUCCGUGUUUACACCAAGAAACCUGGACAACCUCCUGACUUUGACGAUGGACUGAUUCUCCGUCGUGGUGUUACCGUAGAGCACGUUUGUCACUCUAUCCAUCGCACCUUGGCCGCUGCUUUCAAAUAUGCCUUGGUGUGGGGAACCAGUACCAAAUAUUCACCUCAAAGAGUGGGUUUGCAGCACGUAAUGGCGGAUGAAGAUGUUAUACAAAUUAUUAAAAAAUGACUUCUUCACUUGUUUUGUUGAUAAAUAUAUACAUUUUUCCAA